AUGGGAAAGGGGGGCAUCUGUCCCGUCUCGUGCUUGAACAAGGAUGCCAGAGAGAAGCCGAACAGUGCGCUCGUGCAUUUGGUCCUCUUCUCGGUACAGGUGUGCUUUUCUGGGUGGCAUGUGCUGGCGAAGGUCGCCUUGAACGACGGAGUCAACGCCGUGGCCCUGGCCAUGGCAAGAGAGAUCUGCGCCACCAUCCUUAUGUUCAUCAUCGCGCGAAGAGUCGACGGGGCCGUGUCUCUAGACCCGGCGCAUGCGAUUCGGUUCUUUUGGAUGGGGUUUGCCAGCUGCGGGAACGUGGUCGGCUGCAUACUCGCCCUCAGGACCCUUAACCCGAUGGCUUUCGGGGUGAUGCAGCCGUCCAUCCCAGUCCUUGCCAUGCUGUUGUCAUACAUGCUGGGCCUGGAACAGAUGUCCCAGCUCAAGUGCCUGGGAGUUUUCAUCUCGGUUGCGGGGGCGGUGUGGGUUGAGCUGUUCGCGUCUACCUCUGAUUGGGCGGUGGCUGGGUCGACGGAGGCGGUAGCGGCAGCGGUGGAGGCAGCGGAGGGGGGAGGGGCCCCGUCAGGAGAUGGGGCUGGCAGCGGUGCCGACGGGGCGGGGUCGGGGUGGCUCGGGAGCCUCAUCUUGCUUUGGCAGUGCGGGUCGAUGGCGGCCCUGAUGGUACUCCAGAAGCCGAUGCUGGCGGUCUACCCCCCCGCCACCCUGACGGCGUGGUACUACGCCGUCGGGUCGGCGCUAACGCUGGUCGUGUGCGGCUUCUUCGGUGUGCGGCCGGUCGACUUUUUGCUCACGGGGCAGUGGGAGCCGUGGAUAGCUCUCGUGUACGCGGUGGUGGUGGGAACAGUCUACACGUAUAACGCCUACUCAUGGGUGCUAAACAUCGUAUCGACCACGACGGCCACGACCUACCUGACCCUGCAGCCGGUGACCACCGUUAUCCUGUCCGUGGUGUUCCUGAACACGGCGGUGAGGGGGCACGAGGUUUGCGGGGGAAUCGUGAUCGCGGUGGGUCUCUUGGUGACUAUCUACGCCAAGGGGCUGGAGCGGCGAGGGAGCAACAACCUUCUCAGGGCCAAGCAGAACAGGGAGCUCUCGCGCGUAUUCAAGACCCCUCGACGGCACCGCUUCCGGAGGUCGGUCGCAAACGGCGGCGCCGGCGCGGGCACGAGCGGCGACCUUUCCAACUCGGACACAGAUGGCGCCGGCAUGGGCUUCGACGAUAGCGACCAGGACCCCCUCUUGGGGAGCAUUAGUGCAGCGGGGGCAGGGGCGGCGGGGGGGAGGGGACGAGGGGGAAGCUACGACCCCCGGGAGGCCGCUCGGCCGGACGGAAGCUUGCGCCGCUUUCUAGCCCUCGUUUGAGAGAAGAGAGAGGAACAGACGCAUAUCCCGAAAAUCGUGCGUGCCGGCCCUGCGGGGGAAUUUAUGUUUUUGCCUGGGGGGAAAACGGAGAGCACGCGUGUAUUUUUUUUUUUUUUGCAUGCCUGUG